UAAUUAGGGUUUUCAUGAUUUAUGCUUUUCCCCAAUUUCUCGUCACUAUUUUACAACCUCUAUUACAUUUUCUGAUCCAUAUUCAUCAGAACAUCGCAAUUCAUUUACCGACCGACAGUGUCGUGCAGUAGUAGUACGAGAUUUGUUGACUGAUCAUGUUGGCCAAGAGACUAGGCUCAUUUUUCAAACUCUCUCCAAAACCUCAGGUUUCUAGUUCCACGAGGAGUGUGGAUGAAGAGAAGAGCAAAUAUUAUGGCCGUAAGGCAGUUCAAUUUCUUUUGAUUACUACUACAGGUGGUGUUGCUCUGAGUGCUCUAGAUGACCUUGCUAUCUAUCAUAGCUGUAGCAGUUGAAAAUUUGAGCACCUGGGCAGCUCCUAAAAUUAUUCACUGCGAAAUUUGCAGCAAGGCCAUGGAGAAGGUGAGCAAGAACCAGGCAGUAAUAGAUGCUAUUGGAGAACCGAUUGUUAAAGGCUCUUGGUACAAUGCAUCUCUUGCAGUAGCUCACAAGAGGCAUUCUGUGUCCUGCUCAUUUCCUGUUUCUGGACCACAAGGCACAGGUCUCUUACAGCUAAAGGCUGUUCGCAAUGGAGAUGACAGUUGGUCUUCAUAUUAUCUUGCUCGUGAUUGGGAUAUUUUAAUCAUGGAUGCUCUCCUCCAUGUACCUGGGAAUGAGGAGAGGCAUCGAACGUUUCGGAUUAAUAUCUCCGACAACUUGCCUCCUUCUCCUGCUUGCCCUGAGUGCGUUCGUCCUCCAUCAGAACAGUCUGAUCCAAACUCAAGUUCCAAUCAAUAAUAUUAAGUUUAAGUGAUUGAUUUAGCUAUAAAUAACUUAUUCUUGUUUGAAACCUUUCACAUGAUUUUGAGGCUAGGAGGACGUCAAUAUUUGGUUUUGAUGGAAUAAAUCUUCAAGUAUUAUUCUUCGGAUGCAAUAUUUUGUAAUAUCAUUAUUCACUUUAUUUCAUGAAAAUAAACGUUGGCUUGCGGAAUGAUGUUCUGCAUUAUUCCUAUUCCUUAUAAUCUUGCUACUGA